AUGGUAGGAACAGCAUCGUUUCUGUCGGCGAGCGCAAUCGCGCCCGAUUGCCUCCAUCCGCGCGCCGCUUCCCCCAGCGCGUCUUCCGCUUCCCCCCGCGCCGCCAUUCCCUCAGCCGGCGCUUCAAAUUCCAGCCAGUUCCGCGGGGAGGCUCUCCGUUUUCCGCCGUCUCCCCUUUUCCGCGCACGCCUGCGCCAUGCGCAGGUGCCAGUGCGCGCAGGGCCCGAGGGCGCGGUCAGGGGAAGCGGCGGAACGGCGGAGGCCGAUUGGCGGACGAAAGCGCGGGCAAUCAAGCCUGGCGGGAAUUAUCCCGCCAAGGACCACUGCAGCCAGUGCGGGCUGUGCGACACCUACUACAUCGCGCAUGUGAAGGACGCAUGUGCCUUCCUCGGGGACGGCAUGGGCAGGAUCGAGCCCAUGGAAGCACGGGUGCACGGGCGGGGCAGGAGGGAGGGCGACGAGGACGAGUUUCACUUCGGGGUGCAUCAGGAGAUGCUCUAUGCGCGCCGCACGCCCCCCCUGCCAGGAGCGCAGUGGACGGGCGUGGUGACAGCCAUAGCCGUGGAGAUGCUGAGGACGGGCAAGGUUGAUGCUGUGAUCUGUGUGCAGAGUGACUCAUCAGACCGCUUUGCCCCUCGCCCCGUUCUGGCUCGGACAGAAGAGGAGGUGAGGGCAGCCAGAGGGGUGAAGCCCACGCUCUCCCCCAACCUCAACACCCUCGCUCUCGUGGAGGCAGCAGGGGUGAAGCGGCUGCUCUUCUGUGGAGUGGGCUGCCAGGUGCAGGCAUUGAGGGCAGUGGAGCAGCAUCUAGGAUUGGAGAAGCUGUACGUGCUUGGCACCAAUUGUGUGGACAACGGUCCGCGCAAGGGCCUGGAGAAGUUCCUGAACGCUGCAAGUGAGGAUCCGGAGACAGUGCUGCACUACGAGUUCAUGCAGGACUAUAAGGUGCACAUAAAGCAUCUGGACGGCCGAAUGGAAGAGGUGCCGUAUUUCUGCCUGCCAGCAUCGGACCUUAAAGACGUCAUUGCCCCCUCCUGCUACAGCUGCUUUGACUACACCAAUGGCCUCGCCGACAUGGUGGUGGGGUACAUGGGAGUGCCCAAGCAGCAAGGAGUCCCCAUGACGGACCAUCUGCAGUACAUCACAGUCAGGAACGAGAGGGGGGCGGAGAUGCUAGAGUUGAUUCGCCCACAGCUGCAAGUCACGCCAACUCUCUCCUCGGGUGAUCGCCGCCCGUUUGUGAUGGAGACGGUGAAAGCAGACGACAAGGCGACGGUGGGCACGGAGAGGCUCAACCCUGCUCCCAGACUUGUCGGCCACAUUAUCGCCUUCCUGCUUGACCUGGUGGGCCCGAAGGGGCUGGAGUUUGCACGCUACUCACUCGACUAUCACACCAUCCGCAAUUAUUUGCACGUGCACCGCGUUUGGGGAAACGAAAGAGCGGAGCAGCAUAUCCCCAAGUAUGCUAAAGAGGUGGUUGCUCGUUAUAACAAGGACGGAUCCAUUGAUAAGCUUCUGUCUGUUGGCAGAAAAUAG